AUGGCGACGCAUACCCAAGUCGACAUGCUCGUCGACCCUUCCUCGUCCAUAUCGGAACCUACAUCCUCCUUACCACUCUCUGGCGACACACAAAUCAUGGAUCCGCAGACACCACCACUCGCCCCAGCCACGCAGCCCUCAGCAGACGCCCUCGCAGUUCCAGCCAACGUCGAUGCAGCCGACGACGUGACCAUGGCUUCCCUGCAGGUGCCCGACGAAGCAGCUCUUGCUGCAGCUGCAGCUGCUAUGGCCGCUGCGGCCGCAGCUCAGGUGACCUCCAACGGCGCGGCUCAGCACGACGCGGCCUCCAGCGGCAUCAACGGCACCGACGAUCUCAACUCGUACUUGCUUGCCGCUGCCGCCGCCUCGGUCCAUGCUCAGCAGCAAAACAACCCCGACGAGCGCGCCGCAGCAUCUGAAGACAGCUUCGACUCGACAGCAACCCCCAUACCCAACAGCAGCAUCUACACCAAUGCCACCUCGGUCAACGGUGCCGACGACGACGACUCGCGCUCGGCCAUCGUCAGUCAGUGCCGCAGGUACACCGACGACCCGACGCCGUUCCCGCUCAGCAUCGGCAAGCGCACACCAGGAGGCUGCGCCGAGCUUUUCCAGGCCCACCCGCAGUCGGCCGCACAGACGCUGCAAACCCUGCCUCUCACCGAAGCCAACGUGGAUCUCGGCAAGACGCGCUGCUACUGGGCACUGCUCUCAGCGGACCACUCCCAGGGCAACGGUCCUACGGGCGAGAAGCUCCACUUUGUCUAUCUCGACCCCGUGCUGCAGCAGCACAUGGCCGAGCAGGCCGAGCGUCUGGUCGGCUCCGACUUUUACGACUAUGUGCACCCCGAGGAGCGCGACCGCGUGUGCGACGACAUGCACAAGAUCGUCGAAAGCCGCACGCUUUUCGGCAGCGUGACGCGCUGUCGCUUCUCGCGCGUGCCGCGCAUCCGCGAGCUGCUCGGCGCCGUCGAGCCGCCGCGCGACCCGGAAGCAGACAGGUACGUCGAAGACGACAGCUUCGUCGCCAUCGACAUUGUCAUCAACUGGAUCGGCGACGGCAUGCUGCUCUGCUUCUUCCAUGCCAUCAUCGACAAGGCGCUCGAGGACAACGACGAGCAGCACAAGUCCGACUGGACCAACUGGUGCGGCACCCCGGGCCCGAGCUUCACGCUCCGCCAGUGCGACGUGCUGUGGAAGCAGGUCAAGGCCGUGCCCCGCGAGCCUGUGCCCGAGUCCGGACCGGUGCACGUCUUCCAGAUCAUCGAGGCGCACGGCGACAGAAAGGUGCUGCUCAGCUGGCCGCCGCCGCGCUUCUUCCCGCGCGAGAUCGAGGCGGGCCCCAACUCGGACACGGCGACGUACAACGAUGCCGCGUACUUUGCCGAUGACUUUGCGCGGCUGGCGCAGGGCGUUUCGAUUGCGCCUGGGUCGUCGUCGCUGUCGGACGCCAACACGAGCUGCACCCGACGCUUCCGCGCCAAGCACACGCUCACCACCGAGGGCAAGGUGCGCAGCAUCGAGAGCGUCCUCAUCCCCUACGGCGGCGUCAUCCUCGCGUGCUUCCACACCACAUUCCAGCAGCAGCUCCCGCCAGCCGAUCCCAAGCUUGUCACUCCCAACGUUCAUUCGAACGACGCACGACGCAAGGCUGAAGAUGACGGCGUGCACGCCUCGCCGAACAAGCGCGCCAAGACCGAGCCCGAGGCGUCCGACAAGGUCGGUGCGGCCGCCGCGGCGCAGCCUCGAGCGCCGUCGACGCCAGCCACCAACGGCUCGCGCACGCCGACGGCCAAGGCCGCCAACGGCCACAUGGCCAAGACGCCGAGCAAGUACAGCAAGCCGACGUCCAAGGCGGAAGGGCUGGCGGCGCUGGCCAACCCGAGCCUGAUGUACACCAAUGCGCCCGCCAAAGCGCCAAGCACACCUGCUGCUGCGGCGCGGCCGGCUGCAGCUGCGCAGACGCCGCGCGAGGCGACGGGUGCGACGGCAUCGCCCAGUGCCAGCGACUCGCCUGGUGGCGGUGUCAACAAGGCAUGCACGGGCUGCGGCAAGAUCAACAGCCCCGAGUGGCGACGUGGGCCGACGGGGCACAAGACGCUGUGCAACGCGUGCGGCCUGCGGUACGCGCGCUCGCUCACGCGCCGCAAGAAGAAGAAGGGCAAGGACGGCGAGGUGGAGUUCAUCGAGCCCACGGGCGAUCCGAGCGUGGUGCCCAAGAGCCGCGGCGGAGGCGGCGGAAGCUUACCUGGCGUGCAUCGCAAGAACAGCAAAAAGAGGAAGGAGGAAGAGGCGGCCAAGGCGGCUGCGGUUGCAGCGGUGGGCACCGAGCAUGCCGUGACUCCAGGCGCGACCGCGAGUCCGUCUUCGAUCGAGGGAACGCAGAGUCCGGCAGGCUCGACGCCCGCAAAGCGCGAGGUGCCGGCUGGAGAUGCAGCCAAGUCGCAGCCAGCCACGGCUCCCGCUGCUGCCGUCAAGGUCGAAGCGGACGCAACGCCGGUCAGCGCGAAUGGAGCUGUGGCGGUGUCGACGCCGGCAGCGGUGACGAGCACGGCCGAGACAGGCGCGGGUGCAGGAGACGCGGAUGCGGCGCACUCGAUUGCAGUCUCGAUCGCACUCGAUGCCAUCGCACAGGCCACAUCGGCCGUGCCCGCCGUGGAUGCCAACGCGCUGCCGCUUCCCGUCUCGCAUGCGAUCAGCCGUGCGAUUGCGGCUACCAUCGGUAGCACCACCGGCGGUACGGGCGCGCACCUCACUUCGCAAUCGCUGCCUGCGUCCGAUGCGGCGGUGGCUAGUGUACCCGCAGUGUCUGUACCCGCAACAUCUGGCGAUCCGGAUUUGGACCCGAGCGUGAGCGCAGCGGCACUGCAGACGAUCGAGUCGGUGGUGUCCGAGGCACUGUACAAGCAGCUCGUCCAGUCGAGUCUGCCGCAAACACCGCCAGCGGACAAGAACGAGGCGUUCAAUCACGGCCUGGGAGGCGAACAGCAACCGAUUGACCUGGCCCAAGUGCUUACCGCCGACGCCAUUCGUGCCGCAGCUCAGGCUGCAGUCGCACACGGCGUCGCAGAUGAGUCGCAGUGA